AUGGCAGAUGCAACUUCUCUCCCUCCUGAGCCCCAGGGAAAGCAAAGACGGUUCCAUAGAUUGAAACCUGAACGGGGUUUUGAUCGAUUCAUCCCAACUAAAGUAUUUAGCGAUGCUUCUUAUGGAUACCUGGUGGAUGACACGUGUGAGCUUGGAGCAGAAGUUUUUGUUAGUAAGGAAAGAAGCAGAGGCAAAGGAGAGUGUCUAGAAAUGAUCAAAGAUCCUGGCAGUUUUAAGCAUGUUUGGAAGAUUGAAAACUUUUCUAUGUUAGCAUCUGAAUAUUAUGACUCCAAAGAAUUCACUGCUGCUGGUUUCAAAUGGAAGAUGCAGCUCUAUCCUAAAGGAAGAGACAGAGGAGCUGGAUGUAUUUCUCUGUACUUGGUUUUGGCAGAUUUAACAUCUCUUACUCCUGCUUCUAAAGUAUAUGUAGACUAUACUCUGCGCAUCCAGGAUCAAGAGGAAAACAGGCACAUAUCUUUUAAAAAGAAUCACUGGUUCAGUGCCUCAAGCCGGGAAAGUGGUUGGGCAAGAUUUUUUCCCUUGAGUUUCUUUCUUCGGCCUAAUGAUUGGGUAGUGAACGAUGUUUGCUUCUUGGAAGCAGAGGUGGCCGUCCAAGGGAUCACAAGAUCUGUAUCAGAUACACAACAAAAUCAUUAUACAGUCACAAUACAGUUAUUUUCAUUACUUUCUAAGAAUGCAGAGAAAUAUGAAUCUGCAGAAUUUGAAGCUGGAGGCUACAAAUGGAAACUUGUUCUCUACCCAAAUGGAAAUAAAAGCAAGAAUGUGGCAGACUACAUAUCUCUCUACUUAGCCAUCGCAGAUGCAAGUUUACUCCCUCCAGGUUGGGAGGUCUCUGCAGUUUUUCGAUUUUUUUUGCUUGAUCAGAACCUGAACAACCACCCGAUAGUUCAAGAUUUGCAGGGAAAGCAAAGACGGUUCCGUAGAUUGAAACCUGAAUGGGGCUUUGAUCAAUUCAUCCCAAUUAAAGUAUUUACCGAUGAUUCUAAAGGAUUCCUGGUGGAUGACACGUGUAAGGUUGGAGUACAAGUGUUUGUUAGUAAAGAAAGCAGCACAGGCAGAGGAGAGUGUCUAAAAAUGAUCAAAGAUCCUCGCAGUUUCACGUAUGUUUGGAAGAUCGAAAACUUUUCUAAGUUAGACUGUGAAUACUAUGACUCCAAAGAAUUCACUGUUGCUGGUUUCAACUGGAAGAUGCAGCUCUAUCCUAAUGGAAGAGACUCUGGAACUGGAAGUCAUAUUUCUCUGUACUUGGUUUUGGCAGAUUUAACAUCUCUUACUCCUACUUCUAGAAUAUAUGUCGACUAUACUUUUCGCAUCCAGGAUCAAGUCCGGGCCAGGGACCUAUCUGUUAAAAAGAAUCACUGGUUCAGUGCCUCAAGUCGGGAAAGUGGUUCUGCAAACUUUAUUCCCGUAAGAUUCUGUCUUGAGCCUGCAUAUAAAUAUCUAGUGAAGGAUUGUUUCCUCUUUAAAGCAGAGGUGACCAUCCGGGGUAUUGCUAGUCCUUUGUAAUAAGUUUGUCUAAGUUCUCAAAUUUCCCAGAUGAAUUGUGGGAGAAAGUAUAAUAAAUGUGGCAUUAUUUUACUGGUCAAAGAUUGUAAAUUUACAUAAGGUACCAAUAAUUGAAAGCUGUCUUUUACAUUUGAAAAGUCAGUGCCGAACCAUUGGAAGUCAAUUA